CUGGCUGGCCUUCUUGGAUAAGAUGUAAAAAAAGAAGUAAUAGUCAGUGGCCAGUUCUAAUUAAUUGGUCAGAGUUUUGUUUUUUCGGAAUGAAAUGGGGAAUUCUAUAACUAGUAACCAUGACGGAGAUACAAAACAUCCCACCAAACAUCCAGACGAAAGAGAAGAGAUAAAGCCUGUGCCUGAACCACUAGCUGAACCAGAAGUUGUUCAGAUAGCACAACCAGUGAACGAAUCUUUUUCAAAGCAGGAAGUAAAAUCAGAACUUUCGUCAUAUUUUGAGCAUCAAGUUCAGAUUGCGACUGCUUGUGAACAAAUUCCCGAUCUUGUCUCUAUAGACACAGACCAAGCCCCAGAUACUUUUUCUGCAUCUAAUCAAUCAGUUGCUUGGUUAGGAGAAGAAGUACUGUCAGAGGAUCUUUCAGAUUUAGAUUGUUUCGUCGAGCCCGUGACUCUUUCCGGUGUGGAAGUUAAAUCUGUAUUAAAGUAUCCACGGAAAGAUUCAGUGACUGUUUAUCAGCAAGAUAGCUUUGAUAGUGAUAGCAAGUGUAAAGAGGAAUCGUUAAUUGACGUUGAGGAUUUAAAAGAGGUAGAACAAAAACAAUCGUUUCCUGUCGGAGAACUUCAAAGUUUUGAUUAUUAUCAUCAGCUUAUUGCAGAGGAUUUACGCAUAAUUGAAGUCAUGGAGAAAGUUGAAAAUUUUGCCACAGAACAAUUAAAUCAAGAACAAGGUGUGAACUCUGAGAUCUCCGGUUUGAGUGAGAGUGCUCUGUCUUCCCUGGUCCAACAGAUGACAGCCCCAGACCCUGCUGAGAGAGAUGGAUCUCCUGACAGUCAGAAUGGCUCCAUGCAUGCCAGUACUGGGUCGGAAGGGUUAGAGGAGGCAUUGAGUAGAGAUCUGAAAAUAAAUGGGGAGAAAACCGAUCUAUCCGAAGAUAAAAACAAGAAAAAAGAGGACACUGAUUCCAAAAAAAUUGACAAAAAAAGUAAAAAGAAGGAGGAUAAAACUAUAGGUAAAAAUGAUCAUAUUCUGAGAGCUUUGAACAGCCUACAUACGACAGAAGAAAAAUUAGCUGCCUUGUGUAAAAAGUAUGCUGAUCUCCAUGAGGAACACAGAACUGUAAAUUCUACAGUCAAACAAAUGCAGCGUAAACUUAGUGUGACAACAAGAGAAAAAGAUCAGUUACAAACUGAGCACACAAAAGCAGUAAUGGCUAAAAGUAAACUGGAGGGAUUGUGUAGAGAGUUACAGAAACACAACCAAGUUAUUAGGCAAGAAAGUUUACAAAGAGCCAGAGAAGAAGAUGAAAAGAGAAAAGAAAUAUCAGGGAAAUUCCAGACAACUAUUGGUGAGAUUCAACAACAAAUGCAAGAUCAUCAUGAAAGAAACACAAAGCUACGAGAGGAAAAUACAGAGUUAGCCAGUAAACUUAAAAAGUUUAUAGAACAAUAUGAAACAAGGGAAAAGCAAGUAGAAAAGGUGAUGCAACAUAGAGAACUAGAACAAAAGUUAGCUGAUGCCAGGUUAGCUCAGUCAAAUGCAAUACUAAAGGAAGAACAAGAAAGAUCAAAAAGAGAAAAAGAAGUGCUGUUACUCCAAGCAACAGAAGCACAAAAGAAAUCAGUCCUUUUGGAGGCACAGUUAAACAUGUACAAAGAGAGAUAUGAGGAAUUCCAGUCUACCAUUAAUAAAAGUAACGACAUGUUCCAGAAAUUUAAAACAGAAAUGGAUAAGAUGACAAAGAGAAUAAAGAAGUUAGAGAAAGAUGGGGCAGCAUGGAAAAACAAAUGGGAAAAUGCUAACAAAGCUUUAUUAGAUAUGGUAGAAGAAAAACAAGCCUAUGAUAAAGAGAAACCAAUGUUGAUGGCCAAGAUCAACAAAUUAGAAUCUCUCUGUAGAGCCAUGCAGGCAGAAAGGCUAGGUAGAAAAGUACUGGAGGCAUCAGGAAUGGAUAUGACAAAAUUAGAAACAGAAGCUUCUGGGAAGGCUGCCACAGGGGAGGUUAGUGAAUCAACAUCAACAAAAACACCAGCAGAUGGUGCUGCUGAUGGUGACACACCCCUUCUAGAUGAAGGAACAGUGUGUUCAGAAGAGAACACAUCUCCUUCAAACUGUGAUGAUAAAACACAGGCAUGUUCUGCAGACUCUACAACACAGCAAGGAGAAACAUGUGAUACAUCACCUGGUGAAGAUCCAUCCAAUACAAACCAAGAUAACAGUAACCAAUCAGAUGGUGCCACAGGAAAUCUGAGCCAAUCAAAUGAUGUUUCUGUCCCUGACAGCAGUGGACAAGCAUAGUUUUUAAUGUACUGUUCUCCUUGGACUGUUUGUUUGCAUAUUUUCACUUGGCUUUAAUUUUUGUUUUCUUAAAUGUAAAAAAAGACAUGCUAUUCAUUUUCAGAGCAUAUUAUGUCAGGGAUUUCAUUUUCAAGUAGUCAAACAAUGUUCAAUAGAAGAUGAAGAAGACAUUUUCUAUCGACUUAAACAUUAGAAAUGAUUUUAUGGCAAUUUGCAAUUGUAAUCUUGAAAUGAUUACAUAAAUUUUUAAUCCAUUGCUCUUUUAUAUUUAAUAUAAUUUCUAUACAGACACUUUGCUACUUGCAUUCAUGUAGAGUUAGACUCAUUAUUGUUCUGUAAUUCACCACAGAAUAUUUUACAGUGAAAAUUGUGAAAUUGAUAACAGUCUGUUUAUAAUGGCAGGAUUAAAUUAUUUUUUAGUUUGCUUUAUUUUGACCAUUUCAGAAAUGGAUGUUUUGAUUUAUAUUAAAAAAUAGUUCUGUUGUAUUUUUUGGCGUAAGCAAAUUUCUUUUUGCUAAAUGUUUGCACCAAAAUACAUGUAUUACAAUGGCAUUAUAUUUAGCAAUCCCAGCCUUUCAUUUAGACUCAGUUCAUACAGUUGUAUGUUCACAUUGAACAUUUGCCUGUACAUUUACUUUUUCAAAACCAGAGAAAUAUUGUGAUGUAUUUUGCAACUUGUAAAAGAAAAUACAAAAAAUGAGCAUAAAACAAUAAAAUUGAAUAUAUUA